GGAUGAGGUUCAGGCCUCUAUUUGUCACAAGCCAGCCCAGUGAUAACCAGAGGUGGGUUUGGGAACCAGGGUACUAACCAGAGACUCCAAGAGUCUUGGAGAGGGACUGAACUGCCUCCUGCCUGAGGAAAUUAGGCUCCAGCCACUUCCUAGAGCAUGUCAAACCCCACCUCCAACCCCAAUGGGCCACCCAGCGCUGAGUCCUCAGGAGAGCAGGCAGCUCCACCCUCCCCACCCAGUGCUACCUGUCAGACCUGAGCUAGCAGCGCGUGUAGCCACAGAGCAGGGUGGCUCUGGAAAGCAGGCAGGGCUCCCUGCUGGGCCUGGCUGCCUGGCCAUGCUCUGGGCACUCUGGCCAAAGUGGCUGGCUGGCAAGGGCCUGCCCCUCCUGGGGGCAGUGCUGUUGUGGAAGAGAGAGAAGAGGGGUCCUCGGUGGCAGCGGCGGGAAACCUACCCAUACUAUGACCUCCAGGUGAAGGUGCUGAGGGCCAGAAAUAUCCAGCACACAGACCUGUUGUCCAAAGCCGACUGCUACGUGCAACUGUGGCUGCCAACAGCGUCCCCCAGCCCUGCCCGUACAAGAACAGUGGCCAAUUGCAGCAACCCCGAGUGGAACGAGACCUUCCACUAUCAGAUCCAUGGUGCUGUGAAGAACGUCCUGGAGCUCACCCUCUAUGACAAGGAUGUCCUGAGCAGCGACGAGCUCUCCCUGCUCCUGUUUGACCUGAGGAGCCUCAAGUGUGGCGAACCCCACAGACACACCUUCCCACUUGACCGCCAGGAUUCACAAGAGCUGCAGGUGGAAUUCGUUCUGGAGCAGAGCCAGGUGCCUGCAUCUGAAGUCAUCACCAAUGGGGUCCUGGUGGCUCACCCCUGUCUGAGAGUCCAGGGCACCCUCUCAGAAGAUGGGACGGCCCUGAGACAAGAGUAUGGCUCUAGGCAGCUCCAGCUGGCAGUGCCCGGGGCCUAUGAGAAGCCGCAGCUCUUGCCCCUGCAGCCUCCCGUGGAGCCAGGCCUUCCACCCACCUUUACCUUCCACGUGAACCCGGUGCUGAGUUCCAGGUUGGAUGUGGAGCUGGAGGAGAAGCUCACGGUUCUACAGAGUGGUCCGAAUGCAGAGCUGGAGGCUCAAAGCAGCAAGCUGGGCGAGGGGGGCAUCCCGCUCUCCUCUCUGCCCAUAGGCCAGGAGGAGCAGUGCUUGGUGGCCCUGGGGGAGGGCCAGGAGGUGGCUCUGAGUGUGAAGGCGGAAAUGAGCUCUGGGGACCUGGACCUGCGCCUUGGCUUUGACCUCAGUGACGGGGAGCAGGAGUUUCUGGACAAGAGGAAGCAGAUCGUGUCCAAGGCCCUGCAGCAGGCGCUCGGAUUAAGUGAGGCUCCGGACAUUGGCCAGGUGCCCGUGGUGGCUGUGCUGGGUUCUGGGGGUGGAACCCGAGCCAUGUCUUCCCUGUACGGCAGCCUGGCAGGGCUGCAGGAGCUCGGCCUCCUCGACACUGUGACCUACCUGAGCGGGGUGUCUGGGUCCACCUGGUGCAUCUCCACACUCUACAAGGACCCGGCCUGGUCCCAGGUGGCCUUGCAGGGCCCCAUUGAGCGUGCCCAGGCUCGGGUCUGCAGCAGUAAGCUGGGGGCGAUGUCCACAGAGCAGCUGCAGUACUACACGCAGGAACUGGGGGUCCGGGAGCACACCGGCCAUAGUGUGUCCCUCAUCGACCUUUGGGGCCUCCUCGUAGAGUAUUUCCUGUAUGGGGAGGAAAACCCUGCCAAGCUGUCUGACCAGCAGGAGGCGGUCAGCCAGGGUCGGAACCCAUACCCCAUCUAUGCUGCCGUCAACGUCCGCACCAACAUCAGCGGGGAAGACUUUGCAGAGUGGUGUGAGUUCACCCCCUACGAGGUCGGCUUUCCUAAGUACGGGGCUUAUGUGCCCACGGAGCUCUUCGGCUCAGAAUUCUUCAUGGGACGGCUGCUGCAGCUGUGGCCAGAGCCCCGGAUCUGCUACCUGCAAGGAGUGUGGGGCAGCGCCUUCGCAGCCAGCCUGGACGAGAUCUUCCUGAAGACCGUGGGCUCCAGCCUGGGCUUCCUGGAGUGGCACAGAGGCAGUGUAAACAUCACAGACGACCGCCAGAAGCUCCAGCUGCACGACCCCGCGCGGCUGCGAACCAGGCUCUUCACGCCCCAGGGCCCCUUCUCCCAGGCCGUGCUGGACAUAUUCACCUCCCGCUUUACUUCUGCCCAGAACUUUAACUUCACCCGGGGCCUCUGCAUGCACAAGGACUACGUGGCUGGCAGGGAGUUCGUGGCCUGGAAAGACACACACCCGGACGCCUUCCCCAACCAGCUCACCCCCAUGCGGGACUGCCUGUACCUGGUGGAUGGAGGCUUCGCCAUCAACUCUCCCUUCCCACUGGCUCUGCUGCCCCAGAGAGCGGUGGACCUCAUUGUGUCCUUUGACUACUCUCUGGAAGCCCCUUUUGAGGUCUUACAGAUGACAGAGAAGUACUGCCGGGACCGAGGAAUCCCCUUCCCUCGGAUAGAGGUGGGCCCUGCGGACUUGGAGGAGCCCCGAGAGUGCUAUCUGUUUGCCAAGGCUGAUGACCCCUGCUCGCCCAUGGUGCUGCACUUCCCCCUUGUCAACCGUACCUUUCGAACACACCUGGCCCCAGGUGUGGAGCGGCAGACGGCUGAGGAGAGGGCCUUUGGGGACUUUGCUGUCAACGCGCCAGAUUCCCCCUACGGCAUGAUGAACUUCACCUAUGAGCCCCGGGACUUCGAUCGGCUGGUGGCCCUGAGUCGAUACAACGUUCUGAACAACGUGGAGACUGUGAGGCGCGCCCUCCAGCUGGCCCUGGACCGGCGGCAGGCUGGGGAGAGGGCUGGGGGCUGACCCCAGCAGAGGAGGACUGUGACAGAGAGGAGAGAGCUGGGCUCGGGCCGCGGCAGUCGAGGAGUCAAGUCAUGUUAUGGGGCUCUGCUUCCGCUCUCUCUAGGACCUGCCUCUGAGGCUCCUGGCCAUGGAAAGUGCUUGUAGAUUGCACCUGCAUUUCUGUAGGGGAACGGGCAGGACCUCUCUGCGGGGCUCUUGGGGAGGUAGGGCAGAAGAGAGCCGUGCUCACUGUGCAGGGGGCUGUGGGCAGAACCAGGCAACAGUCUAGCCGCAGGGCCCACCCCAAACACAGACCUCAGAGGGCCCAGCUCCUUGACUUCCUCCAGAGCAGGAGCAGGCUGAGGUGCCACCGUCCUCCUGACACUGGGACCCCACCCAAGCUCCUAGAGGCCACUACCAGGAAUGCCCAGAGGCCCCAUGGGUUUCCAAUCUGUCACUGACUCCAUCAUCUUGCCUCUGACCCUCCCUUGCAUUCUGGCCUCCUUGUCCCUCCUCAUAGCUCCCCCUUCUCUGCCCAGCCUCCCAGAGCCUGUGAGCUGAGGCCCGUGUGGCCAGGCUCUGGCUGGUGGGGGUGCUCAUCUCCCUGUGAGUUGCCCACUGCAGAUUACCUGUGCUCGCUCUUUAAACCUGGGCCACAAUCUCUGGUCACAUGUACAGCAGCCCGCUCAUGCAAGUAUAGCUUCACCAUCCCCAGAGCUAAAUGGGUGUACCAUUUAGGGGCACAGAAUGGACAUGCAUCUGCGAGUGGGGUGCACCAGGGAGGGCAGCCAGGUGGGGCGGGGGGUGGGUACAGGUAGCCCUGCCUGUUGGUUCCCACCUCUUUCACAGAUGCAGGCCAUGAUCUGGGUGAGUCUCUGUCUUCCUCUACCUUUUUGUAUUUCCUCUGACCUGCCUGAGACCCUCCAAAUAUCUAGAGCCUCCCCAGCAUGGGCAGAUUUAAGAUUUGUGCGGAGGAGAUCCGCUCUGCCCAGGCCCUCUCCAUCUGGCCUCCGCCUCUGCAGUGGCGCCCUCCUCACCGCCCGGGUGUGGAGGCAGUGGCCUCCACCCAGGGCCACCGCUGGGCCCUGCAGUGGCCAGGCUGCCUCACACACCUGAGCUCUGGCUGCUUCUGCCCCUGAGCCCGCAGUGCCCUAUCUGGCUGCAUGACCUGCUCCUCCCUCUCUCACAUACAAACAUGCCAUCUGAGACCAAAGUCACAGUUUCUCUUUCAAUCAGGGACACGUAUGCUGGGAAGCCUCACCAGUCCUGAUUCUGAGAAGACCCAGCUAAGAGGAGGGUGGCCUGGGACCCCAGCACCCCAGCUGAUCUGAGCUAUGAGGGCCAGAGAGCCAGUGCUUUGGUGGCAUGGGGUGGGGCGGCUUGGUUCUCCUCUCCUGCCUCUUCACCACUGCUGCCGUUGCUGCCCACCGCCUUUGCUCGGGGCUCAGCAGUGAGAGGUCUAUGGGGCGUAGCCCUAGGCUGGCCCCUGAGCUCCUCUGUGGAUAUUGUUGUCACCACUGCUGUGCCUGCCAUCAUCGAUAACUUGUUAUUUGAACCUUUGUAGAGUUCACAACUUGGAAGUGCACAGAGUUCUUAGAACUUCACAGAAUUCGCAGCUUAGAAUCUGCAGUCAGCCUUCAGCAUCUCAAACAGCAUCGGGCUGGCUCUGGCCCCGGGAACAUCAGCCCCUUAAGAACAGGGAUUUUUGUCUUUUUUUUUUUCCCAUUGCUGUAUCCCCAGUGCCUUGAGUGCCUACGUACUCCAAAAAUAUUUGGCAAAUAAAUGAAUGGGAACCUACAUUCUAAAAGAUGGCUUAUCACCUACCAACCAUGAAAAGGUGUGCAACACUGUACUCCAAUGGUUCUUAACUUUUGAAAAGUUAAUGAAAGGCCAUUGAAAGCCAUAGACCCUCUCCCAAGACCCUCUGCAAGGGUUGGGAAGACAUUGAGACAAGGAUGGGAGGGCAGGGAGUAGGAGGCUGGUCUAGUGCUCUAGCUAAGAAAUUGGUCGGCAGGUGCAGCAGGGAUGACCUCAGCCAUGGGAUGAGGAAAUGUCAUCAGGACUGAAUCUGAGCCAACCCAAGUGAGGAGCUGGGGGGAGGAGUCAAACAUGACCUGGCCAUGGGUCUCACCUGGGCUGCACAUUGGAUUCCCCUGGGCAGCGUUAGAACUACUGAUGUCCGUGCUGGCUCUGGUUGGUCUCAGUACGGCAUGUUCCUCAUCCACCUCCCCUACUCGGCCCCUCUGGACCGUGGAAACUGAGGUUUCUGCAGCAAGGCCCGUGUGGCCCUUCACCUGCAUUUCAGCUGGUUCAAGUUGGUACCACUGAAGCCACCUCUUGUUUGUCCCGCCUCCCUCUGGCCCCUCGGUGCCUCUGCCUUCCUCCUCCUCCCACGCUCUCCUCAGCUCUCUAAACACUGCUGGGAUUUUCUGGGGGUACCUCAAGGCCCCUGAAGGCAUGUAGAUUCCCAGUUCCCUUGAGUACCAGGAAAAGCUGCUCUUCCUACCGUACCGUCUCUCCCCACCUCUACCUUUCCACCGACCUUACCAUCCUUUGGUUUCAAACAAAUCGUCCUCUGGAGGAGUUUCAAAGGAAGUCCUGAGUCUAGAGGGACGCUUGUUUUCUGUUGACCGUGCCUUUUCUCUCCCCUCUGCUCUUUCCUGCUUUCCGAGUCUAGGCUCUUCCACUCUCCCUCUCCGCUGCAUCAAGGGCUAUGCGUGCCGCUUCUAGUGUUCCGGUGGUUCCUCUCGACAAUUUCAUUGACAUACAGUUUACAUGUGACUGCAUGCAUCCAUUCUAAGUGUUCUGUAAGUGUACAAGAGUAAGUGUAGAGUUCAAUCAAUUUUGACAUAUUUACAUGUACAGGUAAGUACCACCACCAUCAAGAUAUGGAACACUUCCAUCACCCUAGAAAGUUAUCUUGUGUUCCAUCCCAGUCCAUUUCCCCACCCCUGGCCCCAAGUGACCACCAGUCUGGUUUCUGUCACUACAGGCUAGACUUGUCUUUCCCAGAGUCCCACAUGAUGGAAUUAUGUAGUGUAUACUUUUGUGUGUCUGGCUUCUGCCACUCAGCAGAACAGCUUUGGGAUUCAUCUAUGUUGUACUCAUUCCUUCUUAUUCCUGGGUAGGAAUUAUGUGGAUAUACCACAAUUUGUUUAUUCAUUCCCCUACUGAUGAGAGUUUGG